UGAAAGGGUGGUAGAUUCGGAGGUGACGGCAAGCUCGCCUCAUGAGAGUCGAGACGGAAGUACAGCCACGUGGUAGUGCCGCCUAUUGAUGACCUUGUCUUGGCGGGCGGGGCACCGUUCCGCCUCACUUGUUUAGCGGACAGGGCGAGGACGACACUCCACUCGUUCGCAGGUCUCCUUGUUACCACAUUCAAUCAAGUGGCACACGACAUUAUGUACGCGCUACCUUCACUCUUUCUAUCCAUCUCCCUCAUCGCAUGCGUAGCAUUUGCACAGGAUCCGUCAUGGCCUACCAUCCUCCUCUUCACCCACACAGCGGGCUACCGCCACGAAGCCAUCCCGACUGCCAUCUCUACGAUCACUUCGCUCGGCAACGGCUCGCUUGUGCUCAGUGACGACAAUGUCGAUUCGACGAUCAAGUCGGGCCGCUGGAACACCAACAACAGCGAAGAUGCUACGCUUUUCAAUGAUGUAGCCUCCCUCAAGCAGUACGACGCAAUCGUCUUUGCCUUUACCACCGACGUAGACCCGCCCGGCGUUGGCUCGCUCCUCAACGACGACCAGACUGCCAAUCUGCUGGAAUAUAUCGAGCAAGGCGGAUCAUUCGCUGGCAUUCACUCGGCCACGAAUUGCCUGUAUAGCUACCCAGCGUACGGAAGGCUGGUAGGCGCUUUCUUCACGUACCACGCCCAGAGCCAGCGAGUGACGUUGAAGCCCACGACGCGAGACCACCCAUCGACGUCCAAGCUGCCAGACACUCUCACAAUCAGCGAAGAGAUGUACCACCUACGAACCGAUCCACGCAAGCUUCCUUCGCCCGCUACUGCGCUCCUCACCAACGCAUCCGCCUACCCUGACCCAGGAGGGCAGCGCGGCGAAGGUAAUCCUCAGCCUCUUGCAUGGUAUCGCUCUGGCUCUCUGCUCACUUCAGGGGCCAGCGCGCUUGGUGGCGAUCUCGAUGGACAGACGCAGUGUACUGGGGGCGGCGGCAAGACAUUCGUCACGACGCUCGGACACGAGAUCGCGACAUGGAACAAUGCAGCAUUCCAGGGGCACAUCCAGGGUGGAAUUGGCUGGCUGCUCAGCGUCAGCGCGAACGACGGCACGGCUGUUUCGACGAACGGCGGUUCUUCCUCGUCCUCUUCUUCGUCUCCCUCGCAGUCGUCAACAUCCUCGGACGAAACACGCUCCUCGCCGUCGUCGGCUUCUCACCUCGGCGCCUCCGUCGCUGUACUCACAGCCGCUCUUGGAGCACUCUUUGCUUGUACGCUUGCGCUGUAACACUCAGCUCUCCAAGAAUAUUACCCUCUCAUCAAUGCUCCAACACGCAGGAGCAACUAUGAUUGUCAUCUCACCGCAAUCGAUGCUCUUUCACCAUCAAGUCGGACCUCACGCGCAUUGACACCGCCAAGCUCCAAAUACACUCAAUGCCGCGAGUCUGGCCAGCGGCGCUACCAUUGAGGCUCCCGGACAGGUGGACUGCUAGAGGGACACGAUGCAACGACGAUGCGUUGGGCACUCGGUCA